AAGGAGACAGAAGAAGAAGCAAUAUACCGGAAGUGGAAGAAAAAAAAAUAAGAAGAAGAAUAGUAGGAGUACCAUGGCGAAAACAAGUACCGGUGUUCCUUACGGUGUUGUCCCAGAGAUGAGACAUUCCAAGAGUGAGGAUCUUCUUGGUGUUAUUCCAAAUUCAAGAUCAACUAGUCCAACUAUUGGAUUACCCAGUACUGCUUCAGAAGAUGAUUUGAUUGCUGCCAGUGCAUUGCACGAGGCUAAUGAUCGUGAUCGUGAUCGUGAUCGGCAUCAUCGUCAUCGGGUUGCUGCCGCCAUUGCUGAUAACAGAAGGUUAACAACAACAACCACUUCAUCUUCGUCACCAUCAUCAUCUAUGACUACACCUAACUUAACACCAACUACCACUCUGUUUGCUUCUAAGUUUGUUACUACACCUGCCGGACUUCUUACCGAUCGUAUCGAUCCUGAAGACUCCAUUCGUGAUAUCGUCACAGAGAAUGAUCUCUAUAGGUUUGUCCUUUUUAAACGACAUUACGACAAGUACGUGGCCCUUGCUGCAAAAUACGAGGAAGCAAAGGGUAUUGCUUACUACUUGGAGGAACGUUACCAUGAGGUUAAGGCUGAAAGAGAUAAAUUGGAAAAGGCACGUCGUUUUUUGGAGAUGAGAUUAGAGGAUUGCGAAUCCGAAUUAAGAGGUAAAGAGGACGAUCUCUUCUUACAACUGGAACGAACACUUCGAUUGGAGGAAGAAGUCGAACGUGCGAAGGUGGAGCGUGACAACUAUAUAGCAGCUCGCGAUCGUUUGGAUCAACAGCGCGAAAUUGCUUUAAAAAGAUUGCAACUUCAGCUUGCACAAAACGAAGCAACCAGACAAUCACUCGAACGGGCACGGCAGGAAGUCAUAAGACAGGCCACCGUCAUUCGAGCUGAACGAGAUGCACUCGAGAAAGAAAACAAAACGUUGAAAGAGAAGUUACGUUUGGGCGAGGACGAAUUAGGUAUAGAAAGACGUCGACGAGAGGAAGGAGUAGCAGCGCUUACGAGAGAAACAAUAACGUUGAGGCAUGCUGCAAGACAUCUAAGAGCAGCAACACUUCAUGCCACAUCUUGCCGUCGUCGUAGAAGAUGUUCCAUUUGUCUUUACGCUCAACGUACGUUCGCUGAGGUAGACGAUUAUCAGGACGAUGGUAAUCUCUUCAAGUGCCUUCAAGCGCCCUUACAAGAUUUGCGUACUUGGUUACGACCAAGUGCAACGUGUACUGCUGGUUCAGCAUGCACUGGUGGUGGUUCGUCGCGUACACCUCGAACAAGUUCACCUUUGGCUGAACGAGAAAUUGCCUACAUCGAUGACUCAAGUGUUGAUAGUAGCGGUGGUGUUAGUACCAAUGGUAGUACCGAAAUGACUACCAGUAGUAGUACUACAAGUAACAGCAGUAGUAACAGUGCUUCAGAUGAUGAGGCCUAUCCAAGUACCCUAGUUGCUGAGAUGUCAUUGUCAUCAGCUAAUUCAAAUGUACCACCCAAUAAUCGAGCAUUUUCUUCGGAUUCAGGGUUCUCCUCGGAAAUCGGAGACCGCAGAUCACGGUGUUUCGAAAAUGGUUGCAGCAGUGCCAGCAGUAGCACCGGUAGCAAGAGCAGAAAAAUCAGCGAAUCCUUCAGCAGUAGCGAGCCGGAUGAUCAGGGUACGUCGGGAGGAGGAGGAGGAUUUACCCGUUCCAAGUGGACAUCUUCCUUCCGCAGAUUGCUAGGACGCAAAUUGAAAUCGAAACAAUCAACUGCGUCCAAUAGUGGUGGUAGUUGUGGUGGUGGUAGUAGUGGUGGUACAUCGUGAACGAUCACAAUUCAUCAAUAACGUUGAAGAAUAUAUAAGUAUGAAUGUUGGUAAAGAUCGUUUAAGAUCUUUUUUUAAUCAAUUUCAUCUAACAUGUGAUUAUUUCAAAUAUAUCCCGUUUCCUUUUAAACGUUUAAUAUAAAUUUGAAAAUAACAAAAAUCUUUUUUUUCUCUUCUAAACGGUUUUCUAUUUGUUUGUUAAGGAUAUACUAAAUACGUUAUUUUGUGUUAUAAAGUAUUAUUAU